GCGGGAGUUUGGUGGACGUUUGAUACUUCAGAAACGUUCAAUCGCCCCGAUAAAAAUAGUUUUUAUUAAUUGUUUUCUCCAAAAUGCGGUCUCGUUUGUAUUGUAGGGCGCUCUCAAGGUGAUGUCAUGUUGAACCACAUUCUUUUGGGGAUAAUAUUGAUCGCUACAAACCCCCAGCAUGAAUGCCCCGGGUCCAACCGCAAAGAAGAAAAGCUACCUUGGGCAGCACCAAAUAAAAAAGGCCACGAGCGUUCAACACGCCAACGAGCCCUUAAACAGAGACGACAUGAUGAAACAUGCUGUCAAAGCAGACCGAUCAGAAGCGUCAAACGAAGGCAGAAAUGUGGGUGUGAAAGAAGGUUCACAACUAGGACAAUCCACAUUAGCAUUGGAUGAGGAAAUGCUGAUGGCGGCAGAUGUCAUUGAUCCCCGCAAUACAACAGCCAGCAACGUUUGUCGCACAACUGUCAUCUCAGAUGAAUCAAACUCAACCAAUGGCAAGUUGGCACAUGACAGAGCUUGGAAGAGAAAUGUGAAAAACACAUCACUGAGAGAAGACUGCAAAGACCUUGCUCAGCGUCUACUUUUCAGCGAAGAUUCAGAGGCAGGUCAGACCAAGUACCCAUCAGUGCUACAGUCUAGCAAUGGGCAGCCAAGUAAGGAAGUGAAAAACACACAGCAAUCAGAAAACUGGGAGACAUCUGAAUUGAGAAGAAAGGACCCUCGAUGCGUCAAAAAUAGAAAUGAAAAUCGUCUUCAAAAUACAUCGAAAGACUACAUCUUAUUCAGUCCUACGCGCCUUGCAGAAGCUUUGAAGAAGGCCAAGCUCCAACAGUCAUUGCAGAAUCACUCGGCAUCAGUGCUUACUGUCCCCAGUGGUUUAGAUGUCAGCACGCUAGCAGACACUUUACCUCAGCCAGGAAUGGCUCUUCACGCUCCUGUUGAUCAGACUGACAAGCUCCUGUUGUCCAACUGGGGCCUACCAAGUCCUGUUUUUGAGUGCUACCGAAAGCACAAAGUGACUCACAUGUUUGAGUGGCAGGCUCAGUGUCUUGCUGUUGGAAAGGUUCUACAGGGAGGGAAUUUGGUGUACUCUGCCCCUACAAGUGCUGGAAAAACUCUGGUGUCGGAGCUGCUGAUGCUGAAGCGGGUGUUGGAAACUAAAAGAAAGGCUCUCUUCAUUCUUCCAUUUGUUUCUGUGGCCAAAGAGAAAAUGCUUUACCUUCAGAGCGUGUUUGAAGAAGCUGGUGUGCGUGUGGAGGGAUAUAUGGGAAGCACCUCUGCUGCUGGAGGAUUUGCUGCGCUGGACAUUGCGGUUUGCACCAUUGAAAAGGCCAAUUCCCUCAUCAACAGGCUGAUCGAAGAGGAAAAUAUGGCAACAUUGGGUAUGGUCGUGGUUGAUGAGUUGCAUAUGGUUGGAGAUUCUGGAAGAGGAUACCUGCUUGAACUUCUCCUAACCAAAAUCCGCUACAUUGCACUGAAACAGACCACUGGGUCUCUCUCUGAGGGUGUGCAGAUAGUAGGUAUGAGUGCCACCUUGCCGAACCUUUCCCUGCUGGCCUGCUGGUUAGAUGCUGAGCUUUACCAGACUGACUACAGACCUGUACCCUUGCAGGAGCAUCUCAAGGUCGGCAGCGAAAUCUAUGACAACAGCCUGUCUGUGGUGCGACAGUUCACGCCUCCACUACAAGUAAAGGGUGAUGAUGACCACAUUGUCAGUCUGUGCUAUGAGACAGUGAUAGAAGGACAUUCUGUCUUACUGUUCUGUCCUUCGAAGAACUGGUGUGAGAAACUAGCUGACAGCAUUGCACGAGAAUUCUACAACUUGAAACGCACAAGCGUACAUGGCGAAUCAGGGCUCCAGCCAGUGUCUCUGGAUCAGGAUGGGCUCGUGGAUGUCCUCGCACAGUUGAGCCGAACUCCUGCCGGAUUAGAUCCGAUUCUGCAGCGUGCCGUGCCCUGGGGUGUGGCCUUCCAUCAUGCUGGUCUUACUUUUGAUGAGCGUGACGUGUUGGAGGGAGCAUUUCGUCAGGGGAUGGUGAAGGUCCUCGCUGCCACCUCCACACUGUCCUCUGGUGUUAACCUUCCCGCUCGCAGGGUCAUCAUUCGAACACCAACUUUUAAUGGGCACCUGUUGGAUCCGCUGACAUACAAACAGAUGGCUGGACGAGCCGGCAGGAAAGGAGUCGACACAACAGGUGAAAGUGUUUUGGUCUGCAAACCGGCAGAGCGCCAGAAAGGAAUGAAGCUACUCAGCGGAACUCUUCAACCAAUCAGCAGUUGCUUAGUGAGACGAGAAGGAGAGGGUGUGUCUACCAGCAUGCUGCGAGCGAUAUUAGAGAUCAUUGUCGGAGGUGUUGCCAGCAGACCAGAGGAUGUGCGGUUGUACGCCGCCUGCUCUUUAUUGGCUGCCAGCAUGAAAGCGACUGGCAAAGAAGAGACCAACAAGGGAGCUAUUGAGGCUUGUGUGGAAUGGUUGAUGGACAAUGAAUUCAUCAGCAUUGAAAAAAAUGAGCAAGAGGAGCGUUACUGUCCCACUCUCCUUGGUGCUGCCACUCUCUCCUCCUCUCUAUCCCCGCCGGAGGCCCUCGAAAUAUUCGCAGACCUCCAGCGAGCGAUGAAAGGAUUUGUCCUGGAAAACGACCUGCACAUUCUUUUUCUGAUCACCCCGCUGUAUGCUGAGUGGACAACCAUUGACUGGUAUCAGUUCUUCUGCCUGUGGGAGCAGCUACCGUCCUCCAUGAAGCGAGUGGCGGAGCUGGUUGGUGUUCAGGAGGGCUUUCUGGCUCGGUCAGUCAGUGGCAAACUUGUCGCCAAGACAGAAAAGCAGCGAAGACAAAUGGCCAUUCAUAAACGGUUCUUUACAACACUUGUGCUGCAGGAUCUGGUGAACGAGGUGCCUUUAGGAAAUGUAGCGUCCAAGUACAAGUGCAAUCGUGGACAGUUGCAGUCUCUCCAGCAGUCAGCUGCUACAUAUGCAGGAAUGGUGACCGUGUUCUGCAGACGUCUGGGCUGGAACAACAUGGAGCUGCUGUUGUCCCAGUACCAGACAAGGCUCAGCUUUGGGGUCCAGAAAGAGCUGGUAGACCUCGUCCGGGUGUCCCUCCUGAGUGCAGCGAGAGCUAGAGCGCUGUAUGCCCAAGGGCUGUGCACUGUUGCUGAGCUGGCCCGUGCAUCAGUUGAUGAUGUGGAGAAAGCCUUGAGGAACGCUGUGCCUUUUAAGAGCUCGAAGCGUGCCGUGGAUGAGUGUGAGACAGAAGCUGCAGAGCGACGGAAUCUCCGCUGUGUUUGGGUCGCCGGCGGAAGGGCUCUGACUGAGCGGGAAGCAGCUGUUGAGAUUGUGUCAGAGGCGAGACUCCUUCUCCAGGAAGACCUUGCUCAGCUCGGAGUUCACUGGAACCCGACAAUGUUCCCUCAAGGGCUGAUUGACGUCAACUGUGCGGGCGGAAAUCUGUGCAAAGACACGUCUUCUCGUCCAGAUUUGAGCUUGGAGCAAACAAAGACGGCAUGUAGUCAGAACCAGCCAGAGAGAGACGUGGCAACACACAUUCAGGAGAAGCAUGAGGCAGACUGUAAAGUAGAAGACCCCAAAGAGAGGAAUAAAGCUGAGGGAGCGAACAGACUGGAGCGGCUCACUCAAGAAGUCGGUGAAAAUACGCAGUUGGUGGGCAAAUGUCUUCGAGGAAUCGUAGUAAAUAGUAGAAACCCAACUGAAGAGAUGGAAGGCAUCACAGCCUCCUCUGUGGAACCUGGAACCUCCAAUGUUGACAAAAUAAGUGCUGAGGAUCUGGAAGUAGCAAGCAAACGUUCGACUCAUCCUGAUGCAAACUCAUCUAAAAAUCCCAGUAGAAGCUUGACCCAGGAGCUGGCUGAGAUUGUAUCAAGCCCUUUGUCCUACCCCCAGCUACCACCUGAACACGGUUUGACCCCAAGGCCUCCGCCACCUUGGUUUAGAGGCCCAAUUUCAAGGGCAGAACAAACUGUUGUCUCACCCAGAGAGACCAUACAGCUAGAGUUUGGAGGUUCACCUGUGCUGCCGGGCAAACUGAAACACUCAAGAAUACUCAGCAAAGUUCUCAACUCUAUUAGAACUGACUCCACUUCGGAAAGCUCUCGUCCUCCUGGUCCUACGGAGGAAGCUGCUUUUUCUGUGCCUCACGCUGAAGUGGCUGCGACUCCUGUCCUGGAAAAUCACCCCAGAGUUUCCACACCUGCUAAUGCAAACUUGGUUAAUGCCUCCCCUUCAUCCUUCCCUUCACUGUCCCCAGAGGCCAAACGGCGACGUAUAGAGAGCAGAGGUGUGGACGCAUUCUCUUCUCCCGAUUUGUACUCGGGUGAUGAAAAAGAUGUGCAAGAAGGGGAGAAGAAGAAAGAGGAAACGUUUGGUGACAGCUUUGAAUUGGACACACAGACUGAAAACAUCAUUGUGAAACCAGCUUCUGAGCCCAGAAAUGAAAGCUGCAAUCUUAUAGUGGGGUCAGAAAGUAGACAAGGGGGCCAGUUAGUGGGCGAUUUUAAGCCGGUCGAGGAUGAGACAGUUCUUGAAAAUGCAAAUAAUCCUCAGCUCAAAUUCAACAUUUCUUUAACUGACAGUCAGAUGGAGCAUAUCCUUGACAUCAGCCACCAGAGUUCUGCAGGCCAUGCACUCAGUUCUGCUGACGGAAAUGAAAAUGCCGGUGGCUGUGAUGAUGAUGGUGAUGAUAAUGAGGGGGUGGGUGGUGAAAACGUGAACAGAAGUAGCAGCUUCCUGUUCGACAGCCUGUAUGACAGCGCCCUGCUUGCUGGGCUGAACUCAUGCCAAGACUCAUGCCCAUCAGAUCUGGAAGACUCCAGUGGGUCUCCUCUUGUCAACGUUCAGGCACAACAGCGCAGUGAAAUACUUAUGAACCAGGAGGCAGAAGAACUUGAAGCGAUCCAGUGGGGAGAGUCUUCCUUCAACCUGUCUGAGUGGGGGGACACUCUGCUGGUGGGCCACCACUUCUUGGAGAAGAAAAGUCAUCUUAUGGAGGAGCAGACGAGCCAUCGGGAGGAGCUUCGCAUUAUUACAGAUGUCCUUGAAGAACCGCUAAAUUCUCAUGGAGACCCUGCUCAUAUUGAGCCAGCCCUUUCAUCAGUUACUUCAAUGUUGGUUAAAUGUGACUCAAGAGACAAUUUCAAUGUAAGUCAAGGUAAUUCAGAGGCUCAAAGCGAUGGAAAGCCAGCUGUUGAUGCUGAGAAGAACUUGGUGAAGGACUCUCCACUUAUUGACAAGUUAACGGACGGCUUGUGCUGCAGUCCUGGCCUGCAAGAAAUCUUCGAUCGGUGGCCAAGCAUGUCUGAUCAGAACUGGCAAACGGGCCAUGCAGACACUGGGUCAGUUCCCGCACUCGGAACCAACCUCUCAGAUAAGCCCAGCUCCACUGAGAAUGUGGAAAAUGAUAAAGCAGACUUGGCUGCCGACUUGGUUCCCCCGACGCAACAAACCCCUCCUGUGACACCGAGGAUAAAACUGACCACCUCGUCUGUCCAGUCUCCCCUCACUGCUCAGCGGGACAGUCGGACCACUCCCUGCCGUCUGGUUUCCGUGGCAAAUCAACUGGCUUCAGAAAAAUUCAUCCAGACGCACAAACAUGGGCAAGAUGCAAAACCCCAGCCUGAAUCUGAGCAUGUCAACAAAGCAAAGCCUGCAUCACUGUCAACAACACAACAUGACAACCAGGAAGACCACUCCUCUCCACAGACUCACAAAGACUUCAGUCUGCAGCUUUCCCAAGACGCGUCUCUGUGUUCUGGCUACCCUGGAGCCUUCAGCAUCAUCGACGUGGCCAGUGACAGAGGCCUGUUUGACACUUUUAUAAAUGAGUGGAAAACUAAAGAACGAUUCUCAUUGGCUUUGGCUUGUGAGAAGAAGGAGGCCAAACAGGAGCGUGCAGCUUCUAAAGCCCAUCAGGUGCUGCACAGAGCGGACGGUUUCCCAAUAAGGAGCAGUGAUGGAGCCGUGCUGGUCGGCCUGUCUGUCUGCUGGGGAGGCCGAGACGCUUACUUCAUCUCUCUGCAGGAGGAGCAGAGCAAAGGGUUGAGCUCCAGUCUGGCUCCUCCUGCCCUGGAUGAAGACUUGUCAGUGAGGGAGAGGCUGGAGAAGGUCAAGUUGUGUCUCAGCAGAAUGUCAUCCAGCCGUGCUGAUGGAGUGGUCAUCACAUACGACAUUAUCAAGGUGUACAAGAUGCUAAUUCUCAGCUGUGGCGUCAGUUUGGAGGGACAUUGUGAAGAUCCAAAGGUGGCGUGCUGGCUGGUGGACCCCAGUAGUGAAGAGAGAACUCUCGCCAACAUGGUGACUGUUUAUUGCCCUGAAGAGCUCCCCCUGGUGGAGGGGCUUGGUAAUGGUAGUGUGUACUGUCCCAGAGUGAGAGCAGCCACCACCAGUGUUCUCGUGCUCGCCGUCAUGAACCAUCUGUCUGGUCUGCUGGAGAAAGUCAGCAUUCUGGACUUCUUCAGGAACGUUGAGAUGCCUUCUCAGGUGUGCUUGGCACUGCUGGAACUGAACGGCGUGGGCUUCAGUGUGGAGGAAUGUGAAAGGCAAAAACAUGUGAUGCAAGCCAAACUCUCAGCGCUGGAGUCACAGGCCUACGACCUUGCAGGACACAGCUUCUCUCUAACAAGCAUCGAUGACAUCGCCCAAGUCUUGUUCCUCGAGCUUCACCUGCCACCUAACGGAGAGAUCGGAGGCUCAAAGAGUAAGAAGACACUUGGUUACACCCGGAGAGGAGGUGGCAGGGUUCGACUGGGAAAGCAGUUCAGCACUACCAAGGAUGUUCUGGAGAAGCUCAGGCCGCUCCAUCCUUUGCCAGGGGUGAUUCUGGAGUGGAGGCGGAUCACCUGCGCCCUCACCAAAGUGGUGUUUCCACUGCAGAGAGAGAAGAAAUACCACCCCACACUAGGCAUGGACAGAAUUUACCCCAUCGCCCAGACGCACACCGCUACAGGGAGGGUCAGUUUCACGGAACCAAACAUCCAAAAUGUCCCCAAAGACUUUGAGAUUUUCAUGCCCACCGAGGUUGGAGAGAGCCCCCCCUCGCAAGACGGCCACGGCAUGGAUGCCAAACACAUGAAGAGGAGACGCUCCUCAGUUGCUCCUCCAGUUAGCGGUGACGAUAAAGGCCCGAGUUUCUCCGUCAGCAUGAGACACGCAUUCAUCCCUUUUCCAGGUGGGAUGAUAUUGGCAGCCGAUUAUUCUCAGUUGGAGCUGAGAGUAUUGGCUCACCUGUCGAAGGAUCAGCGCCUCCUGCAGGUGCUGAACGGAGGCGCAGACGUGUUCCGCUGCAUCGCUGCUGAGUGGAAAGGCAUGGAGGCGGCGAGUGUGAACGACAGCCUCCGUCAGCAGGCCAAACAGAUAUGCUACGGCAUCAUUUAUGGGAUGGGAGCCAAGUCUCUGGGCGAGCAGAUGGGCGUGGAGGAGAACGAUGCUGCCUGCUACAUAGAAAGCUUCAAGUCCAGAUACAAAGGUAUCAACUUGUUCCUCAAAGAGACGGUGAGGAAGUGUGUGCAGAACGGUUUUGUUCAGACUCUGAUGGGCCGUCGACGAUACCUGCCAGGGAUCACAGACACAAACCCGCACGUCAAAGCUCAUGCGGAGCGUCAGGCUGUCAACACCACGGUCCAGGGAUCUGCUGCAGACAUCGUGAAACUGGCCACGGUCAACAUUCAGAAGCGACUGCACAGGGCUUACUCAGCAGCGCCACCGUCUCAUGAGCACACACAUUCAGACGAUGGACGUAGCCGGACCACUCCGCCGGGAGGCGCCUACUUCGUCCUGCAGCUCCACGACGAACUCAUCUAUGAGACCACAGAAGAAAAUCUCCUGCAGGUGGCUCAGAUCGUGAAGCGAGAGAUGGAGACAGCAGUGAAGCUCUACGUCAAGCUGAAGGCCAAAGUUAAAGUGGGACCCAGCUGGGGGAACCUGCAGGACUUGGAACUAUGAUGUCGCUGUUGGAACAACUGCUGACCUUUUUAAUACUUUAUGAAAUGCUAGGUGAAACGACAUGGAUGUUAAGAUGAACUUGAUGUAUUUAUAUAUUUAUAAAACACAAAUGGAAAUAUGAAUUUAGUGGCACAUGCUGCUUAUGUAUCAAAAUA